AUGCGCAGUAGCGGCUGCACGGAGCUGGAGAGCAUCACUCCCAUCAGCACCACGGACAGCCGCUCCCCGCCUCCUCCGCGUCCACGGCCGCCUGCUGGAGACGUGGCGGCGGCGGCGGCGGGAGGAGGAGGAGAGAGAGCGACCACUCCUUCAGACAGAUUUGUUGUGCUUGGAACCAUCCUGAGAAAACUCCAAGUUGCUGUGGAGCUGUUAUUUGACAUUACACAGGGAGUGCAAGAUUCCCAUCAGGAGAAAGUCAUAUCAGUGUCUGGAGAAGGAAUGGUCCACAGUCCAGACUUCCCACACACUUAUCCCAGGAAUACCAUGUUAGUCUGGAGACUAGUGGCAACCAGCAACAUGAGGAUCCAGCUCACCUUUGAUGAGAGAUUUGGUUUGGAGGACCCAGAAGAUGGGAUAUGCAAGUAUGACUUUGUGGAAAUAGAGGAUCCAACUGAGAAGACUCUCCUGGGUCGCUGGUGUGGGUCACAGUCGGUACCAGCUAGUCACAUUUCCAAAGGCAGCCAGAUCAGCAUCCGCUUCAUCUCUGAUGAGUAUUUCCCCUCUGAGCCGGGAUUCUGCAUCCGCUACUCCCUUCUGCCUGUGAGGGAAUCGGAGCCUGAAGUCCCUGCAGUUCUGCCUCCAUCCCUGCAGGGUAUUGAGGAGCUGUCAGAGGCCGUGGCAGGGCUGAGCACCGUGGAGGAGGUCAUGAAGUACCUGGAGCCAGAACGAUGGCAGCUGGACAUGGAGGAGCUGUACAAGCCCACAUGGCACGUGCUGGGGAAGUCCUUCAUCCACAAUAAGAAGGCCAAAGGAGGAACCGAUCUCAAUCUGCUGAGGGAAGAAGUUCGACUGUACAGCUGCACUCCGCGCAACUUCUCUGUAUCCUUGCGUGAGGAGCUGAAAAGGACAGAUGCCAUUUUCUGGCCCAGUUGCCUCCUGGUGAAGCGCUGUGGUGGAAACUGCGCCUGCUGCUCUCACCGCUGCUACGACUGCCAGUGCGUUCCUGCCAGGGUCACAAAGAAAUACCAUGAGGUUCUACUGCUGAAACAUCGGAGUGGUGGAAGAGGCCUGCAGAAGUCCAUGACUGAUGUGCCCUUGGAGCAUCACGAAGAGUGUGCCUGUGUGUGUAAAGAUGACUGGGACUGACCUCAGACAUGUGUAAUAGCUGCCAAUGGAAGCAAACAGGACUCUAAAAAUGAACCUCUACCACUGUUCUGUAUCUCAUCCACUUCCACUGGGAGCUAACAAGAUUCUCCCUUUAUCCUGUUGUCCUUUCACUAAUUGGAUGAAGCAGAACAGACUGGAAUCUAAUAAAUCUUCUGAAUGGAUUUGACUGCUGUGGAAUACCAAUAGAGCGCCCUGCGUGCAUUUUAGAGGGACAAAAAUUCACUGGAGCAGAUCUGGACUAUUACCUAUGUGCUCUGAAGACUAUUUUCUUCAGCUCCUCGAAGAUAAGAACAUUGAGGCAUUUUUGUCUCUUCUUCCUGGGGUCUUUUUUACAGUUCAGUCGGUGUGGGCUGAUAGUGUCAUGGAAAAUGGGAGCUUCUUUGUUCAAAUACUUUUUUAUGUCUAUAAGUGAGCUGGCUCCAGCUGCCUUACUCCCUCGGCUCCUCUAUUAUUACCAUCAAGGCAGAGAAAGGUGCUUUUUAAGAGCAGUCUUCUUUUGCUCCUGUCUUGUUUUACCACAAAUUUAAUCUGAGGCAAAAUGCAGCCACAAUAUAGCUGAAAUGCAUCACUAAUGAGACUGCAUUAUGUGUAAAUAUUUCAUUUAUCUUUCCUUUCUGUGCUAUUGUGCCUUUUCUACCAAAGAUUCUCAAGGAGAAGAUAAGAGUUGCACAUGUAGAAUCAGCGUUGUUUGCUACAAGUCUUCAUCUGAUCCAUCUCAGCAAUAUCAAAUUUGUUUGCUUCAGGAAUGCUUAGCUACGAGCAAUUUUUUAUUUUUUAUUUUUGCAACAUUUGAGAUUGUUCAUAUUAAAUAUUUAUUUGUUUAAUGAAAGGGAAUUUAGGUCCAAGAUGCCUUUUGUUUGCUACAUUUGUUGCUGUACAGUAGUAUUAGCCUGCAUUUUCAUUGUUAGUCAUUUUUACAUUGCAAUUUUUUGUCAUGGAUGUUUUUCAUUUUCUGUAUGCCAAAGUUAUUUAUCUUUACUUUUGCAACAACUGUUUGUGUAUUUCAUAGUACUGAACAUCAAAAAUAAAAAUUUUCCAUUUCUAACUGAA